AUGGCGCGCUACGACCGCGCGAUCACGGUGUUUUCCCCGGACGGGCACCUGUUCCAGGUGGAGUACGCCACGGAGGCCGUGUCCAAGGGCACCACGGCCGUCGGCGUGCGCGGCACGCACACGCUCGUGCUGGGCGUCGAGAAGAAAUCCACCGCCAAGCUGCAAGACGCGCGCACGGUGCGCAAGAUCCACCGGCUGGACUCGCACGUGGCGCUGGCGUUCGCGGGGCUGACAGCGGAUGCACGUGUGCUGGUGAACCGCGCGCGCGUGGAGUGCCAGAGCCACCGCCUGACGGUGGAGGACCCCGUCACCGUGGAGUACAUCUCUCGCUACAUCGCUGGCGUGCAGCAGCGCUACACCCAGAGUGGAGGAGUGCGGCCAUUUGGCAUCUCAACGCUCAUCAUCGGGUUUGACCCGCACUCAGGGCGCCCGUCGCUGUUCCAGACGGACCCUGCAGGCACGUUCACGGAGUGGAAGGCGAAUGCGACGGGGCGCAACAGCAAGACAGUGAGGGAGUACCUGGAGAAGAACUACAGCGAGACUGAUGGGGACGAAACUGUCAAGCUUGCCGUUAAGGCCUUGCUCGAGGUGGUGGAGAGUGGUGGCAAGAACAUCGAGGUGGCAGUGAUGACUCGUGACAAGGGGCUGCGCAUUCUGGCAGAGAGCGAGGUGGAGGUGAUAGUGGCGGAUAUAGAGGCGGAGAAGGCUGCAGCGGAGGAGGCAAAGAAAGCAGGCAGGGGCGAGCGGACAGCCUCAUAG